UUCAUCUUCAGACCAGUGAUCACUCCUCCAACUACAAAUCCAUGGCUAAAGAUUCCAUGGCUGUGUCUUAUCUUCUCUGGACUCUCUUCAUCUUCUCCAUCAUCUUCUCACUUCAAUCAAACAGCCAAGAACAACAAGAAGAAGAAGAUACACCAAUCACAAGAUUCCAAAAAUACUUAAGAAUCAACACAGCUCAUCCAAACCCUAACUACACAGCACCAAUCUCAUUUCUUCUUGAUCAAGCUAGGUUAAUCGGUCUAACUUCUCGAACAAUCGAGUUCGUUCCUGGUAAGCCAAUUCUUCUCCUCACAUGGCUAGGCUCUAACCUUAACCUUCCUUCAAUUCUCUUCAACUCUCACCUUGAUUAUGUUCCCGCUGAAUCCGAGAAAUGGAUACAUCCACCUUUCUCAGCUCACCGUACCAUCGAUGGCCUUAUCUACGCUCGUGGCGCGCAAGACGACAAAUGUAUUGGUGUUCAGUAUCUUGAAGCAAUCAAGAACUUGAAAUCAAGAGGCUUCUCUCCUCUUCGUACUAUUCAUAUCUCAUACGUUCCUGAAGAAGAGCUAGGUGGAUUCGAUGGGAUGAUGAAGUUCGCGGCGUCUUCAGAGUUUAAAGAUUUGAAUUUAGGAUUUGUCAUGGAUGAAGGACAAGCAAGUCCUGGUGAUGAGUUUAGAGUGUUUUACGGUGAGCGGACUCCAUGGCAUCUUGUUAUACGAGCUGAAGGUAUUCCAGGUCAUGGUGCUAAGCUUUAUGAUAAUUCAGCUAUGGAGAAUUUGAUGAAGAGUGUUGAAUUGAUCUCUAAGUUUAGAGAGACGCAGUUCGAUUUAGUUAAAGCCGGAAAAGCUGCGAAUUCGGAAGUUAUCUCUGUGAAUCCAGUUUAUCUUAAAGCUGGAACUCCUUCUACUAAUGGGUUUGUUAUGAACAUGCAGCCUUCAGAAGCAGAAGCUGGCUAUGAUCUAAGGUUACAUCCUAUGGCAGAUCCUAAUCUUAUGGAAAAAAGAAUUGCUGAAGAAUGGGCUCCUUCUAUUAGGAACAUGACUUACAUAUUUAAAGUGAAAGGAAACUUAAGAGACAAUUUAGGAAGACCUAUAAUGACUCCAAUAGAUGAUUCCAAUCCUUGGUGGUUUAUCUUCAAGCAAGCUGUUGAAGCAACCGGAGGGAAACUCGCAAAGCCUGAAGUCUUGCUUUCAACUACGGAUUCACGGUUUAUUCGCGCUAUGGGAAUUCCGGUUUUGGGGUUUUCUCCAAUGAGUAACACUCCUGUUUUAGUGCAUGACCAUAACGAGUUCCUUAGAGAUACUGUGUUCAUGAAAGGGAUAGAGGUAUAUGAAUCGGUUAUUAGUGCACUAAGUUCCUUUGAGGGUGUAUCUGCUCAAGUAAUCUGAUGGAUGUAUUGAUGCAAGCAAUAGUAACACGCUGCUUGAAGAUGGUCAAGGCUCACAUUGCUAUGGCCAAUAAGUGUAGUAUAUCUUUCAUACACUAGUAAAAAAAAUCUCUAUAGCCACUUGGCUAUUCGUGGUUGUGCCUUAAAA